UUGUUUUUGUUUUCCCUCCUGUCCGCGGUGCCUUUCGCUCGGGAGUAGUAGUGGAUGAUAUCAACAGAGGCAGAGCUCCGUUUCUUUCCUCCGCGGUACUACGGAGAGAGGAGUCGCUAGAGGACACGCGCGUCACGACAGAGCAGCACGAGGCAGUUUUUCUUUUUCUUUUUUUUUUUCUUCUUUUUUUUUUCUUUUUGGAGGGGGACGUUGCGACUAAAUAUAAAACAUAAACAAAAAUAUCUUUACUGAAGAGCAGCGUUACCGCGGACAGGACUCCCGUUAAGUUUUGACGGAUUCUACGGUACAGGUGCGUUAAAGGAUCAAAGAGCCAGCUGGCGGAUGGUUGUCGGGUUCAGUGAAGAGGAGUCGCUGCCUCUGCGCAAGUCUCAGAUGAAGAUGAAGUCUGCUGGCGUCGUGGAUGGAGGCUUGUUCACAGAGAGCUACUGUAACAUCUGCAAUGCCCAGCUCAUCUCCGAGUCCCAGCGCACUGCACACUAUGAGAGUAAGAAACAUGCCAACAAGGUGCGUCUGUUCUACAUGCUUCACCCUGAAGAUGGAGGACCACCUUCCAAGAGACUGAGGCCAGAUAACCCAGACUGUGCAGAGACAGAGGUGGACAGGAACAAGUGCUGUACAUUGUGUAACAUGUUCUUCACCUCUGCCAUUGUGGCCCAGUCCCACUACCAGGGCAAAACCCACGCCAAGAGAGUCCGCCUGGUGCUGGGGGAGCCGACCAACCUACCCACAGCAAUGACCAGCCCUACGAACACAGAUUCCUCUCCUUCCACCCCGCUGCCCACAGACCCUGCUACGUGUCCCCCUCCUCCUCCUGCCCUGCCCUGGCCCAUGGCGGUGGUGGGCGGAAACGGCGGAAGAGAGGCGGGGAAGUACUGCUGCCUGUGCGGAGCCUGGUUCAACAACCCGCUGAUGGCCCAGCAGCAUUACGAAGGCAAGAAACACCGCAGGAACGCAGCCCGGGCACGUCUCGUGGAGCAGCUAGCGGGCAGUCUGGAUGCCACGGAGAGCACAGGGCUGCGCAGUAGUUACUCCUGCAGUGUCUGCAGUGUGGUCCUCAACUCCAUUGAGCAGUACCACGCACACCUCCAGGGCUCCAAGCACCAGAACAACCUGAAGCAACACCAGCAGUAAGCCACCGAGACAGGCCACUCUGGAAAGAAGAAGAGAUGGAGACAGAGAUUAUUGGAGUAAACAACAUUAGAAAAGAGGACUCUUGUCAGAAACUGAGAAGUAUGAGAAAGUAGUGCAGAGUAACUUCAGUGUGUGUGUGUGUGUGUGUGUGUGUGUGUGUGUGUGUGUGGAUGUCUGUGUGCGUGUGUAUGGGUGUCAAGGGCAUCCAUGCAUGCAUCUACAGAAUGCAUGUGUGGGUCAUUGUGAGCGUGCUUAUUUCUAUCUUUGAUCUAAAAAUAUAUCUCGGAGAUUUAUUCAGCACCUAAGUGUUUGACAUGAGUUCUCGACACCAACAGCCAUCAGAGGAAUUAUGGCUGCUCGUCGCCACAUAACUCCUGUGUGAAUCACAAUCCUAAAAAUUGAACUGAUGUCAGUGCGUUGCCCGGAGUGGUAAUUAUCGUUACAAUGAUCGUCAUAGAACAGCAGUAAUAAAAAAAAACUCUGUCACUAGCCGCCCUCUGAGUGUUCUGACAGUGAUCCAAGUCUGAACACGAUCUUCUGUUUCUACAUGCAUUUCACAGACAGUGACGCUAACAGUGGCACACGCAUGGCUCACUUUCAGACCACUUGAGACCUACUCAGGCCCCGGCUUUCAAAUCCAAGGACACGAAAACUCCCGAUGACCUCAGCCAUUACAGAUUGCAUGAAUUUCCAUAACUUUAAAAAAGGUUUUUUUUUCGGUUUGAAUCUUGUGUUGUCUUUAAAUGUAGUGGAUUGGUGUCACUUUACUCAAAUGAUGGAUGUGUUAUUUUGAAACCCAUCUUUUCAUAUAUUCCAUGUAAUCGAAAAAAAACCUGGAGACGCGGCAUGAAUACAGUACGGGAGGCAGUGGAGAAAAAGCAGCACAAAGACUUUUAAACUCCUGCUUUGACAUGAGGGUCUGUGCAACUUUGUGAAUCAUCUACUGUUGAAAACAUUCCUACAGCACUGAAUACUGAUGUCAGAUGCAAUCCGGAGGUACGAAAAAAUUCCUGUCUCUGCUGAGAUGGGCGACAUGUAGACAAUUUUUAUUUUUCUGUUGCUGUGGCCAGAGAAAAAAUUUCGGUCCCGAUUCAUGUAGCAGCCAAUGUACAAUACAACUGGGAUGUGAUUCAAUGCAUGCAAAAUGUAAAACGUUGCAUUCACUUGCCUUUUUUAAACCUAUUGCUUGCGCGUUUUGGCAAUAGCGCUGCUUUCUAGUGAUAGCUUCGUAAUGCAUUACUGCACAUGCUUGCACCUGAACAAAGAGGUCACCUUUUAGUACUGAACCGGCUUUGUUUUACCUCCUGAUUUAUUCAUUACAAAACGAAGACCUUUUUGAUACCUAUAAAUUAGACCAGUCACCGCUGUAAAACUCCUCUCAUCUGUAGUGUCUUCAGAGUGUCUGUAAAGUGAGUUUCAACAAUGGUUUGUAGCACCUUAGCGAGCAGAGAAGACACGCUCCGCUAUCCUGUGCUGGCUGACAUCGGCCCUGAACUGCACUUCUUUAUAAGCUGGAUAAAGGACUGAAGAACACAGCUCUCAGUGCUAAACUGUCCUCUGUUAGUUCUUGUUGGACAACCUCCGUUUUUUUUUUUUUCUCUGUUAAGCAGUAAACAUUAAAAGCAUUUUUUUUUUUUUAUUUUGUGCUUUGUUCAUUUCACGGUGAGGAGAGUGAACUUCAAAUGACCUGAUUAGAAACUGUUUUUCUUCUGCGGAUGUGGAUGAGUAAACGGUUUUUAUGCAAUCACAGUGUAAUAUUAACAACCUUACCGAUGCGGUUUUGAAUUGAAAUAGUUUAAUGAAGCAAAAAAAAAGUGUUCUGUGUAAAUAAGCAGUAGCUGCAGGUGAAGUUUGUGUUUUAAGAAGAGUUUUGUAUUCAUAGUGUUUAUCUGCACUGAGCCAAGGGGUGAUAAGGGAAAUGUGUUCAUAUGGAUAUUAUUGAAAACUACAAAAUAUGCUGACAGUGAAAUGAGAAUAAAUUGUCUUUGGGGGUGUCAUGUUUUUGAAUGGCUAACCAUCAGAGAAAUAAACUCAUCCUGAGCCAAGGAGUCAGUGAUCACGAGUGAAAUUCCAGUCCUAAUCUGAAACCACACGGAAGAAAGUCAGUGUCACCGAGAGGGAUUCUGGUAGCAGCUGUUUUCAUGAAGACAACCACUAUCCCUACACGGACC